AUGAAAGACGAUGGUUCUGUUGAUAUUGUGCCGAGGUCUGUGUGCAGAGAGCCGUGUCCACCAGGGACUCGAAAAGCCAUAAACAAGAAUAAGCCUGUGUGCUGCUUUGACUGCUUUGAGUGCCCUGCAGAUUCUCCACACUGUCUGAUUUGUCCACCUGAAUUUUGGCCAAAUAAAAAGAGAGAUCGGUGUCUUCUGAAACCUACUGAAUAUCUUUCCUACAAAGAGAUCAUGGGGGCACUUCUAACUGGUUUUGGUUUAAUUGGUGUAUUUUUAUCUCUUCUGAUAUCAAUAAUAUUCUUGACUCAUAAGGAGACUCCCAUUGUAAGAGCCAACAACUCAGAGCUGAGCUUCCUGCUGCUCUUCUCUUUAACUCUGUGCUUCCUGUGCUCUCUGACCUUCAUCGGUCGGCCCUCUGAGUGGUCCUGCAUGCUGAGACACACAGCGUUCGGCAUCACUUUUGUCCUCUGCAUCUCGUGUGUUCUGGGGAAAACAAUAGUGGUGUUGAUGGCCUUCAGGGCGACUCUUCCAGGCAGCAAUGUGAUGAAAUGGUUCGGGCCUGCACAGCAGAGACUCAGUGUUCUGACUUUUACCCUCAUUCAGGUUGGGAUUUGCAUUCUUUGGCUGACAAUAAACCCACCGUUCCCAAGGAUGAACAUGAAGUACUAUAAAGAGAAGAUCAUCUUAGAGUGCGCCUUCGGUUCUGCUGUCGGAUUCUGGGCUGUGCUCGGUUAUAUCGGACUCCUUGCUGUCUUGUGUUUUAUACUUGCUUUUCUGGCAAGGAAGUUGCCGGACAGCUUUAAUGAGGCCAAACUGAUCACCUUCAGCAUGUUGAUAUUCUGUGCAGUGUGGAUUGCGUUUAUCCCAGCGUAUGUCAGCUCUCCUGGGAAGUUCACUGUAGCUGUGGAGAUAUUUGCUAUUCUGGCCUCCAGCUUUGGUUUGCUUGUGUGCAUUUUUGUUCCAAAAUGCUAUAUAAUUAUCUUCAGGCCACAACAAAAUUCCAAAAAGCAUUUGAUGGGGAAAAUACCACCGAGAACUCUUUAG